CUAGCGUCAUACAAGUAUGGUUAGCAUCAGUGUAGGCUCGUGCUGCUGCAGCUAAGUCAACUUAUUAUACAAUUAUUUCCAGUUAAAACAUGUCAAUUCCUAGUUGGUAACUAGGUUAAGUAGCUGUCGCGUAGGUUAGCGGUAACAACAGUAGUUAACUGGUUAAGAGAGCAGAGCCAGGCUCAUUGUUACCUUAGCUAGCUUCUGAUGUGCUAGCUAACGCUAACGUUAAAGCCUAGCGUCAACAGUAAGAGGGAGCGAUUCAUAUCCAAAGCGACACAAUAACACAUCGAGCAGCAUGGCGCUCAAGUCAGGAGAGGAGCGUCUGAAGGAGAUGGAGGCUGAGAUGGCUCUGUUUGAGCAGGAGGUUCUUGGUGGCCCAGUACCAGUGUCAGGAAGCCCACCUGUUAUGGAGGCAGUACCUGUGGCCCUCUCUGUCCCUGCAAUUCCAGUAGUGCGACCCAUUAUCGGUACCAACACCUACAGACAGGUCCAGCAGACAUUAGAAGCCAGAGCUGCUAGUUUUGUUGGUCCUCCACCCCCCAUCUAUGCUGGACCAGUCCCUCCAGUGCGUCCUCCCAUGCUGAGACCAGCCUUUGUCCCCCAUAUCCUGCAGCGACCUGUUGGUCAGAGGCUGCCAAUGAUGCGCGGCCCUCCAAUAGCACCUCCUCUGCCCCGGCCUCCUCCACCACCUCCCAUGAUGCUCCCUCCUUCUCUGCAGGGCCAGGCACCUCAGAGUGCCUCUCAGCCCAUCCAGCACAUGGCUGCAGCAACUCAGGUCAAUGAUAUGGUCUCAAUGGUGUCAGCCCCACCCACAAGACAGGUAGCCACGCCCCCAAUCAAACCGACACCGUCAAUCAUCCAGGCAGCACCAACCGUAUACUCCUCCCCUCCUGCCCCUGUUGGACAUAAAAGAAUUGAUGUCCGAGCUCAGAGACAGGCCAGAAUGGAGGAACUUGCAGCGCGGGUUGCAGAGCAGCAAGCAGCAGUGAUGGCAGCAGGUCUGCUGGAUAAGAAGGAGAGCGAAGACAGCAGCACCGUCAUUGGACCCAGCAUGCCUGAGCCUGAGCCCCCCCACACUGAGCCUGUGGAAAGUGCUUCAGAGGACAAAAAGAGAGCGAAGGUGGAGAAGGUGAAGAAGUGUAUCCGUACUGCAGCAGGAACCACGUGGGAGGACGCCAGUCUGUUGGAUUGGGAUUCAGAUGAUUUCCGAAUAUUCUGCGGUGAUCUUGGUAAUGAGGUGAAUGAUGACAUACUGGCCAGAGCCUUCAGCAGAUACCCGUCUUUCCUCAAAGCUAAGGUGGUGAGAGACAAGCGUACAGGAAAGACUAAAGGCUAUGGCUUCGUCAGCUUCAAGGAUCCAAACGACUACGUGCGAGCCAUGAGAGAGAUGAACGGGAAGUAUGUCGGCAGUCGUCCAAUCAAACUGAGGAAGAGCAUGUGGAAGGACCGCAACCUGGAGGUGGUUCGCAAGAAACAGAAAGAGAAGAAGAAACUGGGCCUCAGAUAGCAUUUGUGUGAGUGGGACUGUGUGUUGUCCUCCCCUGUAGAUAGACAGCAGCGUGUAAGAGCAUGACUUAUUCUGAUCUGUCCAAUCAGGAGAUGUGCUGAGAUUGUAUGGCUGGUUAAGUUUUUUUUCUUCCUUAAAUAAACCAUAAUUUCUUAGUUGA